AUGUCACAUAUAAACCAUUGGAGAAAAAAAAAACAUGAACCAAGAAUAUUUAUUGAUAUUUCAGAAAUUGAAGAAGAUGAAGAAGAAGAAGAAUCAAAUAGAGGUCGUUCAAGUUUUUUUGAUGAUGAAGAUUUAGAUAUUUUUAAAGAAGCUGAGGAAAAUAUAUCAUUAGAUUAUUUUGAAUUUGAUUUUGAUGGUUAUAUGGAAAAUAAAGAUUUUGUUGAAUAUGAAAAAUUAGAUAAAAUUGAUCAAUUAGAAUAUAUUUUAGAUAAAUCUCAAUAUAAACUUAAUAAAUUGGUAAAAAAGGCAAAAGAUAUUGAAGAUAUAGAUUUAAGAAAAUUAUUACUUUUACAAAAUCAUUCAUUUGUAAUUGAAGAUAUGAUUGAAGAUUGGAGAUAUAAAAGUAUUUUUGAUAGACCUGAAUUACCACUUAUUGGAGAUAAAAAGAGGAAAAUUGAUGAAGAUGAAGAAGAAGAAGAUGAUGAUGAAGUGAAUGAAAAGGAAUCAAAAGAACAUAUAGUUGGAUCUAUAUAUAAUGAAAAAUAUUUAGGACCUAAUGGAUAUGAUUUUAAACAAGAAGAAGAAGAUCAAAAAGCAGCUAAAGAAAAAGAAUUUGAUGAUGUUGAUGAUGGUGCGAUAUCAGAUGGUUGGGAAGAUAUAGAAAUUGAUGAUGAAGAGGAAGAAACAAAUGAAGAAGAUGUAAAUGAGAAUAGUAAUGAAAAUAAUAAUGAAUCAGAAUCAGACUCAGGAUUAGAAGGGUAUUGUUCAUUAUUUGAUGGACUUAAUUCAGAUACAGAAGCCUCAGAUAUAGAAUCAAUAGAUAAAAAAAAUACUAAAUAUACUAAUUCAAGUUUAGUAUUAACAAGUCAUGAAUUUAGAUCUUCAUCAAAUUAUCCAUUAUUUCCAAAUUUAACAUCUGAAUAA